UGUACGUUUUCUUGAGCUCUGCUUUACUUAUGCGGUCUAGUUGUCAGUGAAUAAAAACACAUCUUGAGCGACACAACAAAAGACGACUGAAAAAGCUCUGGCAAUAGGGGAAGCCACGGUUGGAAAUAUGGGCAACAGAGACGAUGAAUACGAUUUCUUGUUCAAAGUGGUGCUGAUCGGUGACUCUGGGGUGGGAAAGAGUAACCUGCUUUCCAGAUUCACACGCAACGAGUUCAACCUGGAGAGCAAGAGCACCAUCGGGGUGGAGUUCGCCACCCGCAGCAUCCAGGUGGACGGCAAGACGAUAAAGGCUCAGAUCUGGGACACAGCCGGGCAGGAGCGCUACCGAGCCAUCACGUCGGCGUACUAUCGGGGUGCGGUGGGCGCUCUGCUGGUCUAUGACAUCGCCAAGCACCUGACCUACGAGAACGUGGAGCGCUGGCUGAAGGAGCUGCGGGAC